AGCCUUUGAGUUCAAUCAUCUUCGGACGAUGCACGCACCUCCGCAGUAACAUGAGGGGCGUUGAGUUUGAGCUGCUCAGCUGCAUCGUCUUUGUCGCUGUCAUGCUCAGUACUGGCGGGACCUGCGACAUUUAUGAUGCUGCUGGCACGCCGUGUGUCGCCGCACACAGCAUGGUCCGAGCACUCUACGCCUCCUACAGCGGACCUCUGUACGCAGUCAAACGGGCAGUGGACAAUGCAACCAUCGAAGUUCCUCUGCUAGUGCCCGGUGGAUUCGCAGACUCAUCAGUGCAAGAUGCAUUUUGCAGCAACUCAGCAUGUGUCGUCCAGCGGAUCUUUGAUCAAUCUCCUCGGGGGAAUCACCUGGAUGUUGGACCAGCUGGCGGGGCACCUUUCAGCGCUCAUCAUCCCGAUGAAGGUGUCAAUGCAUCGAAAGACGUGCUCUGGGUGGGUGCUCAUCGUGCGUAUGGCGCGUACUUUGAGAGUAAGAAAGGAUAUCGGAACAAUAAUGCGACGGGCCUGGCAGUGGGAGAUCAGCCCGAGUCGAUGUACAUGGUCGUAAAUGGCAGACACUACAACCGUUAUUGUUGUUUUGAUUAUGGGAAUGCGGAAGUUGAUUCACAUGAUGACGGGGCCGGGACCAUGGAAGCGGUCUAUUUUGGUCAAUCGAAUUGGCCUUGGGGCCAUGGCGGUGGCAAUGGCCCCUGGGUCAUGGCGGACCUCGAGAACGGUUUGUUUCCUGGGAAAGACCGCGUGAACCUAGGAAACCCAUCCAUAGACGCACGCUUCGUCACUGCAAUGCUGAAAGGGAAGGCUGGCACGUUCUCUCUAAAAGGCGCCGACGCGCAAUCGGGUCGCUUACAAACAUUGUAUGACGGGGAACGCCCAGAGCAUCAGCAGUUUCCUCCAAUUGGAGGAAAUUAUACUCCAAUGAAGAAGCAGGGUGCAAUAAUUCUUGGCACCGGUGGUGAUAACAGCAAUUGGGCUCAGGGAACUUUCUACGAAGGGGCUAUCACAUAUGGCUAUGCUGAUGAGGCCACAGACCAGGCUGUCCAGGUCAACAUCGUUGCCGCUGGUUACGGACGGGGUCCUGAUGUCUUCGUGUAGUUGGUGCAUAUGUUGCAAGCAGGCAGUGGUGUUUGAAGCAGUAUGGGUCCUCGGAUGGGCAACCGUUGGCUUGACGAAGUCGUGAAGCUUUGAAAGUCUGCAGGCUCGUGCUUGCGGUGUGACGCUUGUGAGCAACGACUCCUUCGUCGCAGAGGUUCAUCAGAAUGCGUGGCUGAAGCCACCUGCGUUCCGACCGUGGGAAAUAUCAGCUGGGCAUGUGUGAGCAGGCAGAGCUCACGAGUCCCCUGGCAUCGUGCCGCCUCACUCCUUGAAGAGGUGGCCGUGCGGCGUGGGAGAGUAGCCCCGGAGUGGUCUGAAAUCACGGGCGUCCCCAGGCCACCUCGGCCUCGCUUCUCCCCCGCGGCUUCUUCUCGGCCGCAUCCCUGCUUGCAGCGUUCCCUGGCGACCUCCCAGACCCUGCUCCUUCGCACAACGCCCUCGCCCUUCCGCAGACCGCUCGCCAGGCGCUCAAGGUUGCUUGCGUCUGGAUGCAGUCGUGCACGGGUUCCGGGGCAGGGCCCUGCGUUGCGUGGACUACUCGGCGGCGAAAUCCAAAUUCUACCCUUGCCGAUCAAUGAUGC